AUGUUCUUCGGAGCGCUUGCUCUACUCUUUGUCGGCGCCUUUGUCGCUGCCGAUGAUACUGUUUACGCGCCUGGAACUGGUAAUCUUGCGUCUGGAUGGGAAAAUUGGUCUUGGUCGUCCACACUCGACUUCGCCUCCACCGCUGGACCCGGAGCCGUAGAAUCUAUCUCGGUUAACACGACAGCUUGGGGUGCGCUCUCUACGUAUGCCGAAACCGCAUUCGACAACAACUAUGCUGGUCUCCGAUUUGAUAUCUCUGGAGCGCAGCCUGAUGUCUCCAUUUAUUUCUCUACUUCCUCCAACUCCGAUGUCUCUCCUUCUCUUCCGUUGGCAUCUAUGAGCAACUUUGUCAACGAGAGCGCCUGGACAACGAUCACUCUGGACUUUAACAACCUUCCUGGAAACGAAGGCGUUCUUGCCACCGACUCUUGUGCGAACGGUGCAUCAUACUUUAUCACGAACAUUGUUCUUCUCGAUGAGAUCAUCGUGACGCCGAUAUUUCUGUCUGCUGAGCCCCUGGCGGGGGACGUUCUCGCUGUCACCUCACAGGGAGACGUCGACUUCUCUCAGAUCUCGGCCACGCUCAAUGGCAAAGACCUAACGUUGAACAAAACUGCCACAUUCUCCCCUUCGGACACCCCGUCGCAGACCAUAUCAUACUUCACUCUAUCCAGUCCACUCUCCUCUGGUUCCCUUCUCAUCAUAGCCGGCACCAACACCACCUUCAACUACACCAUCCCAGCGCCCUCCUACGGUACCAUCAACAUCGGAAACACAAAGGACAUAUCCCCUUCGAUCUAUGGCGUCAACUUCCCUACGGAUGCAGACUACAUCAAACUCUUGGGCGUCACCGUGAGCCGCUGGGGCGGCAACGCCGUCACGGCAUACAACACGAACGGUACAUUCACAAACGCUGGCAACGACUGGUACUUCGAGAACCGUAUCGCCGACCCGAUCGCCGACCCAUUCCUGCAGUUCGUCUCGGAGGCUGGAAGCAAGAGUCUUUUCACAAUUCCAGCGCUUGACUGGGUUGCGAAGGACAACGUCUCAUACUCGUACUCUCGUACUGUUUAUCCUGACCAAGAAGCCUACGAUCCUUACAAUAGCGAUGCCGGAGAUGGUCUUCUCCCGAACGGAUCCUGGGUGACGCCACCGCCACAAAGCAACGCAUACACCCCUUGGAACACGUCCAUGGCAGCGGCGAUGUUGACAGCGAUGCCAAUCAAGCCCGAUAUCAUCACUGUCGACAACGAAAUAGAAAUCGCGUCGAACACACACCAAGACAUGCACCCCGACCCAAUGGGAUAUGACGAGGAGCUCGCCCGCGUCAUCGCUACCGCCAUCAUGGCAAAAAACACUCUUCCAAGCGUCGAAGUCGCUGCACCUUCCACCUGCGCCUGGUGGUACUACUGGACGAGCAGCAUUGGCUACACCGACAACGCUGCCCACAAUAACGAAGACUUCCUCCCUUGGUUCCUUGCCCAGAUGAACAACGCAUCGACACAGGCCGGUACACGCCUCCUCGACUACCUCGAUAUUCACUACUACUUUGCGGCGGAUACGAGUGCCAAUGACGCUGACGCGAAGGCCCUCAGGCUCAGAAUGACCCGUUCAUGGUGGGACCCAGAGUACAUCGAUGAAUCAUACAUCGGGACGUCCGUUCCCGCUCAAUGGAGCGAACCAAACCCAAACGCCGUCGUUCUCAUCCCACGUAUGCAACAGCUCAUCGAGCAAUACUAUCCUGGAACCAAGCUUUCGGUAUCCGAAUGGUCUUCGACAGACGAUACAGACAUCACUGGAGGUCUCGUCACUGUCGACUCCCUCGGUAUCUUCGGUGUCAAUGGCCUCGAUCAGGCGACUUACUGGUCUCAGCCCGACCAGAUGGGACCCAUAGGAUUGGCGUAUUGGCUUUACCGAGGGAACGGUACAUACUUCGGCGACAAGAGCGUGCAGGUUAACAUGGCUGACAGGAACGAAGAUGUCCUCGGCGUCUACGCCAGCACGUCCGAUGGAGAGAAGGUAACGAUGGUCAUCGUCAACAAGGACGUCGUCCCGGUCAACCUCGCUAUCUCCAACAUACCAGCUGGGUCUUACUUCCUUCGUCACUUUGGUGGUGAUGCCGGUGUGGCGAAGUGGCAGACGACGAUAGAUAUCGAUGCGAACAGCAACUUUGUCGUGCCGUCGUACACAGCUGUGUUCUUCCAGCAACAGUGA